AUGCCAGCGUCCGCAGAGGAUACGCAAGAGAAUAUUAACAAUCGUCGUGCGGGUGGUAGCACGUCACAAAAACGACGACCGCCGAAACUCAGACCACCGAAGCUCGGAAAGGGGCCGAUCUCUGAAGAUGAACAACGAAGUAAAGGAAGCGAACAGAGACAAAAUGGAGUUUCAGAGAGAUCAGGAGCCGAUUCUCCCCAGGAAAUAUCGGACAGCGUCUCCCAAGAGCAAUUUCAGGACAGUGUGGACUACGACCAAUCCGCCGAGGAAGCGGAGGUAAACCCGGAGCCCGCCAGACAACGGCAUCGAGUGGUUCGUCAGGAGUCGACGCAAUCCAGCGAGCCCGAGCCCGAGCAGUUUAAUGCAUUUGAGCGUCAACAAAGAUAUCCUGAUAGGGCGCCAACACGAAGAGAUGAUACCCGCGUCCAACAGGUCCUGAGCUCUUCGCCUAAAAACAGAGAGGUUGGACAAGUAGGACAUAACGUUCCAGAUGCAGAUGAUACAGCUAUGAAUCAAGUGACAGAGACAACUGAAACGAAAAAAAAUCCAGAAAGCAACGAUCAGCUCAGGCUGAGGUUGGAUCUGAAUCUUGAUAUCGAGAUUCAAUUGAAAGCCAAGAUUCAAGGAGAUCUGACCCUGCAACUCCUGCAAUAG